AUGAGAUUUUUCCAGAAAUCUCAGGUCGAUGGCGUGAGGCUCACCUAUAGGAGCGCCCAGCGGUUGCCGAUCACCGCAUGGGCACCCAGGCCACACCUUGCAUCUCUUGCUAGUCGGCCAGCCUUGCAGCAAGGCCACUUCCCGUGUGGAUUCAUCAGUUCCGGCACCCAAAAACAGAAAACGAAGGCUGGUAAAGGUCCCCUUGCAGUCGCGCCAACGAUUCUCGUUCUAUGCGGCAUACUCAUAUACACGCUCAUUCCAGGCGACGCGCAACGCCCAACCCGACUUACAGCAGAGACAAGGCAGCAGCCGGAACCUGCUCAGAACGACAUUAAGGACGAUGAGAAAGACCAGGACCAGGGGUCGGCGUGGACAGGCUUCGCUCAAGGAUUUGAAGACUUCACAAACGUGACCAACAUCGAGUGGUCGACACUGUCUGACCGUAUCACCGACGUGAUCCUGCCGGAGUGGUGGAAAGGAAUCCCUAGGCAAAUUCGGAAACUGCAGCGCGAGCUGUCCAUGUCAGAUGGAUCACUAGCGGAUGAGAUAUGGCAGGAAGCUCACGACCCUUUCAUCAACCCUGAAAUCAGGUACUCCGCCAAAGUGCGCGUCUCGGAGGAGCUAUGUGAUGAGGAGAAGGAGUUCCUCGCGCGCCGGAAGAAAGUCGCGACGGCCGGUUUGGCCAAAUACCUCGACCUGGACGAGGAGGAGGUCCACCCGGAUGAUGUUCCCACCAUUGCUGUGUGUGGAUCUGGCGGUGGACUUCGCGCCCUGGUUGCGGGAACAGGCUCACUUCUCGCAACUCAAGAGGAUGGCUUAUUCGACUGCGUCACCUAUACAUCGGGUGUCAGUGGAUCGUGUUGGCUGCAGGCCCUCUACCAUUCUUCCUUGACGAACGGUCGACUAGACCGUAUCGUUGACCAUAUGAAGGCAAGAAUAGGGGUUCACAUUGCGUAUCCUCCCGCCGCCUUCGCGUCGGUGACAACUUCUCCUACCAACAAAUUACUUCUCAGCAGUAUGGUCGAGAAGCUCAAAGGUGACCCCAAUGCUAGUUUUGGACUAGUUGACGUCUAUGGCAUUCUGUUGGCAGCGAGACUCCUAGUACCGAAGGGUGAGCUUGGGGUGAACGACAGAGAUUUCAAGCUGUCCAACCAACGAGAAUUCAUCAAAUACGGACAACACCCAAUGCCCAUUUACACUGCGGUUAGGCACGAAAUACCCGACAUAAAUAGUAAAGGAGUCCCCGAUGACUCCCCUUCGGAACAAGCGAAAGCCAUCGCAAAGCAAGAAGCGUGGUUUCAAUGGUUCGAGAUGACACCAUACGAGUUCUUUUGCGAAGAGUUCAAUGCAGGUAUUCCGAUCUGGGCUCUCGGGCGACGAUUCAAUGGCGGAGUAGACGUCGCCCCAGAAACCGGCUUUCACCUACCAGAAAUUCGCAUGCCCCUAUUGAUGGGCAUCUUCGGGAGUGCUUUCUGUGCGACUCUAAGUCACUACUAUCGCGAGGUCCGGCCCCUCGUGAGGAGCCUGACUGGCUUCAGCACGGUUGACGAGAUGAUCCAUGGACGCAACGAAGAUUUGGAGAAAGUUCACCCCAUCGAUCCGGCCUUGAUACCCAACUUCACAUAUAACAUGGAAGGCAAACUACGCUUUACGACGCCUACUAAGAUCUACGAUAACGAGUACAUACAACUGAUGGAUGCUGGCAUGUCGAACAACUUGCCCAUCUACCCCCUGCUCCGACCCGGCCGUGACGUCGAUGUAGUCGUCGCAUUCGAUGCCUCAGCAGACAUCAAAACGGACAACUGGCUAUCCGUAGCAGAUGGAUACGCCCGCCAGCGUGGCAUCAAGGGCUGGCCUCUUGGCAUAGGCUGGCCAAAAGGCGGCGAAUCGGCCCAGAACAUCGAGAAACAGCUAGACGCCGCACAAGUCGACUCUGCAGCCGAAGCGGAGGCCAAGCUCAGGCAAGCAAAGCAGCACCAAAAGGCGCAGCGAGCCACCGACCCGCCCGCGUCCUCGCAGGCCACAGCCGAGCAGAAGAAGACAAAGACCGAGCACGACAUCUCGCACCCGGAUGACUCGGAGCUGGGCUACUGCACAGUGUGGGUCGGCACGACAGAGGAGCGCUCAACACAACCCCCGCCGCCGUCCAAGGCGCUCACCAGCGACGACGACGCGUGGCAGCUGAUGCAGCCCAGUGCCGGCAUCGCCGUCGUGUACCUGCCCUUCGUGGCGAACCCCAAAGUCUCGGGCGUCGACCCGGCCGUUAGUGAUUACAUGUCGACAUGGAAUUUCGUAUACACCCCCGAGCAGGUCGACAAGGUGGUCGCGCUCGCGCGCGCCAACUACGAUGAGGGGAGGUCGCAGAUCCGCCGCACUGUGCGCGCUGUAUAUGAGCGCAAGAGGAAGAUGCGCGAGGAUCGCGAGGAGGCCGCGCGCUCGGAGAGUUAUCGGAGGCUUGUGCGUCUGGGUAUUGCUGGGAAGUUGGGCGAGGGCGACCAUUUCAGUUGA